AUGGCGUUCUUGAGACGACUGUCAGACAACUUCUGGUCCUAUGUCUCACCCACCAAGACCACCACUCCCAAUGCGCUUCCCACGCCCAACAGCGAGCCGACCUUCAAGAAGCCCGCGAUACCUGCACGUCGAGCGUCAUUGCAUGACAUCUCCAAGCACACUCGCUCCAUGAGUCCUGGAGAACGUGUCGGCAACUGGCGUAUACGGUCACCAUCGAGCCGAGCCAGCUCAUCGGUCCUGGGAAACAAGAGAAAGCGACUCUACACGCCAAGUUCCAUUGCUGGUCGCAGGAGCAAAUCGCGCAAGUUCGAUUUGGACGACAUGGAGUCCCGUUAUGAGGAGGAAGAGGGCGAUUACGACGAUGAUGUUCUCAUGGAGGAUGGAUACGACGACGAGAGCGACAUACAAAGCCCCAUCACUCGCCAGCAAUUGCGUAGCAGCUCGGCUGGGCUCGGUGAUGAAGGAGACGAGGAUAACUUGUCAAUGCACAAGACUGUCGUGGCCAGCGAGGAAGAUUACGAGCCUGCACGUCGUGUGGUCAAUCUGCCAGAGAUGCUCGACAUGGGACACAUCGCAACAGAUGAGUUGCGUCUGAAGGGCUGGGACGACGACUACAUCACACUCAUUCAGAAGAUUGCCACACGAGGAUACGAACCGCUUCUUCCAGCUUAUCUUCAAUUCGAGUACUCCUUCAUGCCAGAUGGGCUCUUCGAAGAGGGCGACGACGCCUUCAUCGCAAGCACACGUGGUGAGCACUUCAAAGCCGGCAAAGCACUGGAGCAGCUGCUGGAGCUGGGUGGUCGAGUUCGCGAUCGCAUCUACGUGGGUGGGAGGAUCCAACCAGAAGACCAGGUCAGGCGACAACUCGAGGCGUACAUGAAGUGGGCCUUCACCGACGCUGACAUCGACAACCGAUCUGCGAUCCCUAUCCUUGCUGUAGAGACCCAGCCAGCCGGCACUGAGGCUCCAAUACUCAGGGCCAGCGCCUUGCGCAAGUGUCGUCGCUUGGCAGCACGAUAUCGAGAAGCUCUCAGAGUUAGACGCUCUGUGGAGAUCUCGCCCGGCUCGCGCUCAUCCGAAGGCACUCUACUUUCGUAUCCACUGCCAACUUUCUACACCGUCAUCGCCUCGCACGGCGUUGUCGCCCUCAUGGCUUACCGUCCCGAUGCUGAGGAGUCUGAUCUUGCAGCCAUGGCAUACUUCGAUUUCAAGGACAAGAACUACGACGUCUGGAACUGCCUGGCUUUGGCAAUCAUCGUCUGUCAUGUGCGUAACGUGCAGGUGCGGAUCGCGGAGGAGACGGGACUUGGGUUGCGGCAGCAGGGGUACAGCGAGGAUGAGGCGGAAGAGGACGAUCCGGAUGCAUGA